CGAGAUAAAGAGAAAUUCCCCCGUCGACAAAGCAAUUUUUAACUAUAGAUUAAGCCGGGCUCGCAGAUGUAUUGAGAAUACAUUUGGUAUUAUGGCUGCCAAAUGGCGAAUCUUUCGCCGACCAAUUAUAGCAGGAGAAAAAACAGUAGUUGCUAUAGUACAAGCAACAGUUGUACUACACAAUUAUAUUAAAAAAUAUGAGAAAAACCAAGGCAUUUUUAUGUAUUGUCCUCCACCACAAAAUGACCAUAAUAUUCCUAGAACUUUUGAAAUCAAUGGAGCAUUGGAGCCAAUUGGUCCUGUAGGAUCUAACCAUUAUGGGAUUGAUGCCAAAGAAGUCAGGGAAAAAUUAAAAUUUCAUCUUAUGAAUGAAGGCAAUGUGGAAUUUCAAUAUGAUAGAAUAUAAUAAAAAUAUUAUUAACUGUACCAUAAAUGGAGUUACUUUGAUCAUUAAUUUUCAAUUAUUUUAGUUUUAUACUUAUUGUACUAAUAACCAACUGAAAUAUAUAACAUUUAAUUAUUAAUAAUUAUUCUACAUUAUACCUUUAACUGAUAAUUUCUCAAACCAAAUUUUUUUUUACAUUUUUACAUUAGUUAUAACUAAUAUAGUUAUUGAUCAAACUUACCCACCUUUUGGGGUGACUUUGAUCGCAGCCCUGAAAAUGCGUAUAAACAUGGGUACAGUCAUCAAACUGAUCAUUCUCGCCCCACAAAAAAAUCGGUUUGGUAGUUUUUGAGUUAUUGAGUUUCUAAGUUUUGGGGUGACUUUGAUCAGGUAUCAAAAAAGUACUAUGAAAUACCUAUGCAUUAUUAUAAACAAAUUGUAUUGUUUAUGUUAUAAAAAUUU